AGCCCAGUCUUCCACUAGACUCGACAAUAGCGGGAGUUUAGUCGCGCCGUUGGCAUUGUGACAGUGACAACUGUCAAUUUUCGCGCCUAUAACGUGUUUAUUUUUUAACCGAUAACUUUAGUUGUCCAUUUCGUAUAUAGCCAGUUAAAACGUGAUAUUAUUCAAGAUGGAGGUAGGCGUCCGGCUGAUAGGCGUGAUCCUGCGCAUACUCAACCUGCUCCUAACGCCAAUAUUCUGGCUGCGCGCGCGCAACAACAAACAAGUGCCGCCCAUAAAAGAUGACAUCCUGCUGAGGAGCGCGACUGAUCUGGCCGCUGCUAUACGGAAAGGAGAGCUCACAAGUGAAAGAGUAAUACACGCAUUUAUCGCGCGUACCCAAGAAGUGAAUAUUCUUCUGAAUGCUGUGGUCGAUGACAGAUGUAGCGCAGCUCUAGAAGAAGCGAGAGCAUUAGAUUUGGAAAUUACUAAAGCGCGAAGGGAGGGAAGGGUGGAGCAAUUGUUCAAGGAUAAGCCGCUGUUGGGGGUCCCGUUCACCGUUAAGGAGAGUUGCUCUUUGGAAGGUCUAUCAAACGCGGUGGGAUGCUUAGAAUUCGCGGGUCGGAAGGCCACCAAGGAUGGGGAAGCGGUGCGUCGCAUGAAACUGGCUGGUGGCAUUCCCUUCCUAGUGAGCAACACGCCGGAGCUGUGCCUCGGGUGGGAAACCACUAACCUGCUGACUGGGACCACCAAUAACCCGUACUGUUUGAACAAGACACCAGGAGGAUCGUCGGGAGGAGAGGCCGCUCUAUUAGCGUGCGGCGCGUCCCCAAUAAGCGUGUCUUCGGACAUCGCAGGCUCCAUUCGAAUCCCGGCGGCAUUCUGCGGCGUGUUUGGGCACAAACCGAGCCCAGGUAUAAUACCAAUAGAAGGUCACAUCCCGACCCUCAACGACGAGAACUACAGCAAGUUCCUGGCCGUAGGGCCUAUGAGCAGGCACGCGGAGGAUCUGCCCUUGCUCAUGCGCGUCAUGGGCGGAGACGCCUGCAAGCGGCUGGAGCUCGACAAGCCGGUGGAUUUCACCAAGUUGCGGGUGUUCGUGCUGACGGAGGCGUCCAAGUCGGUGGCGCUGUCGCGCGUGCGCGGCGACGUGCAGCUCGCGCUGCGCCGCGCCGCCGCCGCGCUCUGCCGCCGCGGCGCCACGCCGUGCCACGAUGAUUUUAAAGAUCUCGACGAUUCAGUUGAGAUGUCCAUUUCAGUGUUUUUCGCCAUGAAGGAUAUUCCAAACAUGCUGCAAGAUCCAGCUAAUCCUAAGCAAGACAAAAACCUUUUUACGGAAUUGGUAAAGUACGUUUUUGGUUGCGGGUCCCGAUCUCUUCAAGGGCUGGGCUUCUCACUCAUACAUAAGUCGAAUUUAUUCAUCCCCGAACAUAGGACGAAGUACUAUCAAGAAAAGGCUGAGAAGUUUAAGGAACAUAUCGAACGCGUGCUGGGCGACACGGGCGUGCUGCUGUACCCGGCGCACUGCGCGCCCGCGCACGCGCACGGCCGCGUGUUCGUGCGCGCGGCCGGCGUCGCCUACACCAUGCUGCACAACGUGCUCGGCCUGCCCGCCGCCGCCGCCCGACUGAUUCGAGCGAGACGCUACUGAACAAAACUAAGUCAAAUAAGAAAGUCACUCUCUUUGCAGGUUAUCGCAGCUCCAAAUCAAGACCGCCUGUGCUUAGCUGUAGCCAAAGAGUUGGAAAAAGUCUUCGGAGGCUGGCAAUUUCCCCAAGCUUAAAUUUUAUUUUACUAUACACUUUGUAAAUAAUUUAUUAUAUUGUUAUAUCAGAAUGUUGUUGUAACCAUUAAUAAUAUAGCUAACAUCAAGAUGUAAUUAUUUUUUAAAAUUAUGUACAGAUU